GAAAAAAGGAUUGAUAACGUAACUACAUGGAGUUCAAUAGAUGUGGAGGAUUAUGAUUAUUCUAAUAUAAUGGUACUAAUCAAAUAUGUUUAUUACUAAAUUUUUCUUUAACAUUGUUAAAGAGCUUCAUCAAAAUAAUUAAACAUGUACAAGGAAGAAGAAUUAGCCAAUUUUUACGGAGUCUUGCAAAACACUCAAGAGUUCUUAGAGAUUGAUUGUGGUUGCACAAAUCCCCGAUAUGGAGACACACCUGGAAAACUCCGAAUUUAUGUUGAAGGGAAACUCGAGAUCGACUGCACUUGUAGGGAUGAUUGUACUAAAGGUAAAUAUAUAUUUUAUGUCAUAGUUAAUAUAUCUCCAAUUGAGUUUGCAAAACACGCUGGAAGAACUAACGCCCACAACAAUUGGAAGAGUCAGAUUUGGGUAUUCCGCCACGAUGGACACAAACUUGCUCUAUGGAAGACUUGUUUGUUAAAGUAUUAUACACAUACUUUUCAAAGACCUCUACGCCAAGUAACUCAUCGAGAUGAAUUUGUACGUUGUUCUCAAUGUGGUAAAGAUCGUAGAUUUAGUGUUCGGAGUAAAGAGGCUUGCAGGAUCUACCAUAAUGCUCUCGUCAAUAAUAACUGGGAAUGUUCAGACAUGCCGAACCACUCAUUAAUGUGCAAUGAUGCUGAGGAGAGAAGAAGUCGAAAAGUUUGUAGAGGUUGUCCUAGAGAUCCAAAAUGCGAGGGUUGCGAGAAAUGUGUGUGUUUCGGUUGCGAUGAGUGCCGGUUUGAUGAUUGCAGUUGUCAGACAUGUGUACAAUAUAUCAUAAACCUGUGAAAUAUCUCGUUAUUGUUGUUUGAAUAAAAAUAAGAUCUCAUAAAGAUCGAAAUACACAACGAAUUUUUCUCAACUUUAGUUUUACCAAUUUACUAGUUGUUCUAUUUAGGUUGAAAACUAUUACUCAAACAUAGUUUUUCUUUCAAAAAGUUUUGCAAACUUAUCUAUAUAUUAUAUAAAUCAAUUAAUAAAAUAUAUGAUAUAUUAUUACCAAAUGCAU